CAUUCGUUUUGGCUCCGCCUAGAGGAUACAGCUCCGCCUCUGAAAAUUGUACGGUCAGACAGCUGAUCCUGAGCGGACUCGUGUCUGAUUCGCAUACGCGGACGCGACAAACCAAACCGGCGCGCGCCGCCUAGAGUUAUAGGCUCCGCCUACGCGCGCUGAGCCGACCAAUGUCUGCACCCGCAGACGUGGACGCGCCUACUAGCGUGUACGCGCAUGAGCCAAGAUCUCUGGACUUUCUUUGCUGGAACACGAACGUAAGUAUAGAUUUAUUGAUUUAUUGCUACAUUCGCAGUAAAGAUCAGCCUUUGUGUUUCCAUCAUCAUUUAUGUAUGAUUGUAAUGACGUUGUUUGAUAUUAGGACUAGCAGUAAAACUUUAUAUUCUGUAAAAAAAGGCUAUUUUAUUUCCAGCGCCGCCUCCCAGAAUGCUUUGCAUGGGGACGUGCGUCUGACGUCACGUAUACAGAAAAUUCGAAAUGGCUGCACGCGGUAGGUGAGGCCCGAGCGAAGAAAAGUGGAAAAGAGUGUUAUUCGUCAAAAAACCCACACAACGACGGUCAUUUUUUUGCCGUGCUAUUGUAAAAUUGUCUUUUAUCUGUGUUCUGUGUUCUGGGGGACCCCGACUCCAGAAUGUGAAAGUUUCCCGCGUGAAGCCGCUCCACCGUCUCGCCGAGUGCCAGCAAGAGUCAUGAGUACUUGUCAACUCGACUCCUCAACUGGAGAUAACUUUCUAGCACCUCACCAUGGGGAAGGAUGUACUCAUAUGCCUUCACCAGCACAUGCAUUAAACAUGCAGAGAGUUACACAAGUUCUUACCACCUUGGGGCACCAUUCAGGGUGCCUUUUCAUCUGAUUAAAUGUAUAAUGAACAGGGACAUUGCGGUUGUCCCAAGUGGAUGGUAUGAUGAUAGGAUGGUUUUCUGGCCCAGCUAUAAAAACACCGACAGAAUUGAAAGGGCCGCUUUAAAUGAGGAGCAGCAUGAGCCAAACUGGCCAAGAUUUGACGUUUCUGUUGUCCGAACUUGUGACAACUACAAAGACGCAUUAAAAAUAAUGCAACAAUAUGGAAAGGGCUGCAACACCUCAGACCUGCAAUCUGAGGCAGAGAACGAGGAGCUGCCAGAAAAAAGGAACAGGAAGCCAGUCCAUCGUCUCGGGGACUCAGAUGAUAGCGAAGAAGACCCGGGAAAUAGUGACCUCACAUCUCUGCGGUUGGCAAUUGGCCAAUUGCACAGGCAGACUCCACCGUCUCGCCGAGUGCCAGCAAGAGUCAUGAGUACUUGUCAACUCGACUCCUCAACUGGAGAUAACUUUCUAGCACCUCACCAUGGGGAAGGACGUAUUCAUAUGCCUUCACCAGCACCUGCAUUAAACAUGCAGAGAGUUACACAAGGAACGGCAGUCCCUCCUCGACUCCCUCCACCCCCCUCACCAGCAGCCCUCAACAUGUGGCAGACAGAGGAGCCUGGAUCCAGCCUGGCCUACAGGCCAACAUGGCGAGGGGGAAGAAUGGCCGACAACAUUUCCUGCUCUGCGCCUGAGGUAAUCCAGAUCCUUAGCCUGCUGGAAACUAUUAAGCACAACCAAGACCAGCUGAUUGCGAAGGUGCUAAGAGUAAAAAUUUGUUGACAAGGUCAGCCACGGACGCUGAGGUCACCAAACACGCCAUCAGGUGGUUCAACUUGGCGGGGGAUUGGGCAACGAGGAGACGAGUCCCGCUUCCACCUCCUCAGGAGGAAUAGAG